GUCAACGUAUUCUUACUUUUUUUCAAAAAAAAAAAAAAAAAAAGGUUGUAAAUUAAAGAAGGAUUCAAGAAAAGUGUUCGUAUCGAAUUAAUAAACACUUGACCAAACGUUGUACAUCUACCAAACCUCUUGUGUUUUUGCUUCAUUCAGAAUCUUUUAGGUUAGAUCUCUCGUCUUCAUCAACCACUCCCUUCUUUCUUCCCUUCAUCUCUAAGCAUUUCUAAUUAUCAACUUUAAAUCUUUCUAUUCCAGAUCACCAAAAUUGUAACUCUGCAACCAAGCCAACAUGAUUGCCAUUCCUCAAACAUCUUUUCCUUUUCCUCCAUCUCUCACAUCUUGACCUAACCAUAUUAUAAGUUGUCCAUAACUCUUCCUCUUCCCCUCUGCAAAUCAAUUUAGUCAUGAGGCCUAAAACCCAUCAACCCAUUAAUCUCAAGCUCCUUCUUGGAGUUCUUCUUGCUUUGUUCAUUCUCUUUUUGUUGAGAACAAAUUUAUCAUCUUCCAUUGAUAACAAUCCAUCUCCUAGUUUACAUAAUGUUUCUCCAAAAACCUCAAGAAACUGCUCGAGAAUCUGCAACAAGAUCCCUCGCUCGCUCUCUCAGGCAAUCAUCCAUUACACAACCUCAGCAAUCACCCCACAACAGACGCACAAAGAAAUAUCAGUGACGGCAAAAGUUCUGCAAAAGAAAUCGCCCUGCAACUUCUUGGUUUUUGGCCUAGGCCAUGACAGCCUUAUGUGGAGUGCACUCAACCAUGGUGGUCGAACCACUUUCCUGGAAGAAGACGAAGCAUGGAUAGAGCAAAUAAAACAAAGGUUCCCCACGCUGGAAUCGUACCAUGUCACGUAUGAUACCAAGGUGAAUCAAGCUGAUGCUUUAAUGGAGGUUGGCAGAGGAAUGGAGUGCACAGCCAUUGGUGAUCCAAAAUAUUCUAUCUGCCAACUUGCGUUGAAGGGUUUGCCAAAGGAAGUUUAUGAGAUAAAAUGGGAUUUGAUAAUGGUGGAUGCACCGACCGGAUAUCAUGAUGAAGCACCCGGGAGGAUGAGUGCAAUUUACACGGCAGGGAUGAUGGCGAGGAACAGGGAAGGAGGAGAGACAGAUGUGUUUGUGCAUGAUGUGAAUAGAGCUGUGGAAGAUAAGUUU